AUUUAUCAUUUGUAAAAAACCUUUUACGCAAAAAUUGGUACGAGAGACAAGAAGCUGCAUUCCUAAUAUUCUCUUCUUUCCCCUCGAACAUUUUCUCUCUCUUCUACUGCUUGUCUAGUCCGCCAUGGCUGCCGAAUCCGCCUCUGCAAUUCAGAGAAGCCAAGUUGAUUUGCUGGAGCAUAUCGAUUGGAGGAGUGUCGAAUGUCUCAAUCAAAGCGGCAGCGAUUCUAUUGCCAACGCCCUUAAGCAGGGUUACCGUGAAGAUGAUGGCUUGAAUCUAGUUAGUGAUGCUGAUGAGCAACUUUUGAUCUACAUUCCGUUUACCCAAGUCAUAAAGCUGCAUUCUAUUGUUAUCAAAGGACCAGAGGAGGAAGGUCCUAAAACUGUCAAGCUUUACUCGAACAAAGAACAUAUGGGAUUUAGCAAUGUGAACGACUUCCCUCCUAGUGAUACAAUUGAUUUAUCAACUGAGAAUAUCAAGGGAAAGCCUGUAGUUGUGAAGUAUGUCAAAUUUCAAAAUGUUCGCAGCUUAACGAUUUUCAUUGAAGAUAAUCAGUCUGGAUCAGAGCUGACCAAGGUUCAGAAGAUUGUUCUGUACGGAACAACGGUUGAGACAACAGAUAUGAAGGGUUUGAAGAAGAUAGAUGACCAGCAUUAAAAUGCCAUCAAAAGGAGGAGCUGGAAUAUAAUUGGACAAAUGAUCGGGGUAUUUUAACCUUCCAGUCUUAUUUGGUUUUUCAAUAUUGGACUACACUAGCCAUGUAUUUGGCUGCAAAUGAAGAUUCAUACCUCAUAGCCGUGACAUCUUAUGUGUAAGAGUGCCCAGGAUGUGCUGCACUUCACAGCUUGCAGUUCUUUGAUGUGCCUUUUUUCACCUUCUGGUCCGAUUUGUGGACUGGACAGGCGAAGGCUGUUUAGGUGCAGACUAAACCUGACAUCAAAUAUAUCGGGAUUGGUCAACGAUUUAAAGUUUAGUGGAGUUUGGGUUCACAAACUGGUCCCAGACUGGAUCUUGGAUUGCAAUAUUCUCUAGUUUUCGUUUC